AUGCCGUGGCUGCUUGCUGGAGAUUUCAAUGAUAUGCUACAUUAUGAUGAUAAAAUAGGGGGUGCCUCCCCCUGUAGGCUUAAAGGCUUCAGGAAAUGGUUUGAUGAUAAUGACAUGAUUGAUCUUGGUUUUUCUGGACCCAAAUUUACUUGGAGUAAUAAUCGGGUUUUUGAAAGACUUGACCGUGCAGUCUGUAAUGUCCAGUGGAGAAGUCUCUUUAACGAGGCCUCUGUCAAGCAUUUACCGAGGACCAAGUCUGACCACUGCCCUAUCAAGAUAAGCCUGAAGUCCAGCUUCUCUUCCUCUCCUAUCGCACGGCCUUUCCGGUUUGAGGCCAUGUGGCUAACUCAUGCUCACUUUAAGGACUUUCUCAUGCAGCAAUGGGCGCUUACUGAUGGCUCUGUCCUUGAUAAAACUAAUGCCUUGGUGCAGCCUCUUUUACAUUGGAAUUCUACUAUUUUUGGUAACUUAAGGCGCAGGAAAUCUACACUUUUAGCUCGCCUGGCUGGUGUACAGAACGCUAUGGGUCCAAACACAAACCGUUUCUUGUCCAAGCUUGAGAACUCCCUUUUUGAAGAGUACAAUGAAGUCAUUGAGCAAGAGUCCUUGUUCUGGCAACAAAAAUCUCGAGUAAAGUGGCUGCAAGAAGGUGAUAGGAAUACCAAGUUUUUCCACCUCACUACUUUAAUAAGAAGAAGAAGAAAUAAAAUAGAGAGACUGAAGGAUGAUAAUGGGGAGUGGAUUGAAGGUGCUGGGGGUCUCAAGAAGCUAGCUGUUAGCUAUUUUGUGGGCCUGUUUACCCAGGACCAGCAGUGCUGCACCUUUGGGGACCUCCCUAGUUUCUUCCCUCCUAUUGAGGCUGCUGACUUGGCUAACCUUGCCAAAAACGUGGAUCUUAUUGAAGUAAAAGUGAGUUUAUUUAACAUUGGUGGCCUCAAAGCCCCUGGUGUUGAUGGGUUCCCAGCUUGUUUCUUCCAAAACCAGUGGCAUCUUUGUGGGAAUGAAAUCUACAAUUUGGUUGACCAAGCUUUCCGGGAUAGCAAACUUCCUGAAGGUGCUGGUGGCUAG